AUGGACCAGGAUACUACUAAACGUGUUAUAAGGUACUAUGAAGACCUAUGGUACCAAAAAUCAGGUGUAUUCAAGCCGAAGCUCAUAAAACUUCUCCCAGCCCCCUUACUGAUGGAGAUAUGCUAUGAUCUAAACGCAGUUCCACUGUACAGCUCUCUGGUAUUUAGACAACUUCCUGAGCCAUUUCUUAGAAGACUUUCCUUGGCUAUGUGUCACCAAUUUUAUUUACCAGGGGAUAUUGUUUACAAUCACAACCAAAAUAAAAGUUUCAUGAUUUGUAUUACAAAUGGUGUGCUUGAGUUACUGUCUGAUGAAGAUGACGAAAGUCCCAUGAUUUCAUUUGGGAAGGGGACUUGUAUUGGUGAAAUAUCUCUUGUGUUUAACAUACCAGCAAGGUGCACUGUCAAAGCAGCGAACUACGUGGAAUGUCAAAUCCUCAAUCAUACUGACUUCAUCAAACUUAUGAUAACUUAUCCUGAUAUAAGUGCGCAAAUUAGGAAGGAAAUGUUAGAAAGGAUAACACGAAGUCACAGCAGAAAGGUCCUUACAAAAGCAGCGUUGAGUUUAAACGUAUACGCAUCUAAAGAUCAGAAGAAAAGUAGCAUCAAAUGUUUGAAAGAUAAACUAAGAUUUAUGCAAGGUUUCUCUGACAACGCUAAUCUCAUAAAUGACGACGAAUUAGACGACCACUGCCUAGAUCUAUACAUUUUAUCAGAACACAUCAAAAAGAGAACGAAACCUUUCACUUGCGUAAACGCAUCGUUCCCGUGGAUCUUGGAAGCCAACUGCCACCUCGUGAAAUAUUGGCAAUUAUUCAUGCUGCUCAUUGUAUUCUACAUCUGCCUCGUGUAUCCAUUUUUUAUCGGGUUCAAAAGAGAAUUUCCCGGCGGAAUGUUUUUCUACACAGAAAUAUGUAUAGCGAUAUCAUUGAUGCUAAAUGUAAUUAUGUCAGUCGUGACCGCUGUAAGAACUAAGAAAAAAUACAUAAAGAACUUUGUUGGCAUAUUGAAUUACCGAAUGAAUACUCUAGGGUUUUACAUGGAUCUGGUUGCGUUAAUACCAUUUGAAUACAUUGUCACAAUACACACCUCUGUGGGUUACCUUGAUACGUACAGGAAUCAUCUGUUUUAUCUGUGCAAAGGGAUUAAGCUUUGUCUCGUUUGGAGGAUAUCGAGCUUCUUUGAAGAGCUGGAGAAGAAACUUCUGUUGAAUACUAUUGUGGUGAAGAUUGCAAAAUACUGUGUGUACAUCGCUCUGCUAUGUUAUUGGUCAGGCGUGAUCUUGUAUAUGGAAUCGUGCUUUGUGAAUAGAUGUUCGCAGCAUUCGUGGUUCGCCAGGUCUUUGAUUUGGGAAGAUCAAAGGAGAGGAAUUAUGUCUACCAAGACAAAAACAGCGUUUUUAGAAGUGAUAAUAACGAUAGACAAGUUUAUGAAGGAAAACAACAUGCAUCCAGCGAUAAAAUCAAGAAUUAUGGCGUUCUACGAACUGCAGUGGCAGUACAAUUCAGGUGUAGAACUAACGGAUGAGAGUUGGCUUAAGAAAACCGUCGUACCCGCAGAACUAAGAAAGAAAGUUCUUCACCAAGCCAGAUUCAAGACCCUAACUUCAAUUAGGUUCUUUCAAGUCAAGAAUAAAGCUUACAUUCACACCUUAACUGAAACUGCAAGGGACAUAAUUUUGCCGCCCGGCGAGAUAGUGUACUACGGCGGUACGACUACAAGGGAACUGUAUAUAAUCGAGAGUGGUUACUGUCUCGUGACAUCUAAGACGAGAGAAGGCAGGGAGCGUGUCAUUGGCCCCGGGAACCAUCUGGGCCUGCUCGUGCUGCUUUACGGCGUGCCCGCUGUCAGCACGAUAAUCACUUUGACACACUGUAAAUUAAUAAGCAUUGGUCAUUUUGCAUACACAUCAGCGUUAAACCUAUUCCCUGAUAUGAAGGAACAUGAGGGUUUACUGACUCCAGAGGAACUGCAUAGUAUAGAACAGCAAGCUAAAUCACAGAAUACAGACGCAUACUUGAAGCAUUAUAAUGUAUUUGUUAGUAGACGUCUGACAACCAUUCUAACUAAUGUGUUGCAAGACUUUUUUAACGACUCGUUCAUAAACGUCAAGGAAUAUUAUCGGCGCAAUAAUGAAAGUUACAUAAAAUCAUUUCAACAAUUCAAGAUCCUGAACAACAUCUCUCCAUACCUGUUGAUGCCGAUAGCGAUCAAGCCAGAUGGCGUUUUCUUAAAAACCUGGUCUCUUAUCAGAGUCAUUGCGGCUUAUAUUCUUAGUUUGUUGAUUCCUAUAGUGGUGUCCAUGGCUCCAGCAUGUGGAAUAUUCAAUAUCGCAAUUGUAGUUAUAGAAGCCUUUUGCUAUAUUGACAUCUAUCUUAUGCUUCACGUAGCAUAUUAUGGAUCAAAGAACCAACUGAUUUAUCAUCCGUAUUUGACUGCAAAGAAUUACUUAACAAGAUCUUUCGUAAUAGAUUUACUAACAUGCUUUCCCUGGUACUUGUUUUGGAAGCUUUUUAUCCCAAAGCAUAACGAAAACCACACAGAUGAAGACCAUAAUGUGAAUCCGCAUCUAUACCACUGUAUUCUAAGAAUGGUCAAUAUUCUGCAGAUUUAUAAGCUGUACGCUGUAUUCUGGGCAGAAUCAAUUGGUGCUUUAAAGAGGGCAUAUUUGAUGAGUGUGGUGCAAUUUCUUCUCUUGACAUUGUUCUUCUUGAACUUAUACGCUUCAAUUCUGAUAACCAUCUCCUGUCGCUUCAUAGUAGCAUACGACCAGGAUGACUUUGAAAGGAGACUGGAGAAUCUUGGGGGCCCUUUUAUGGACACUGUGUUUAACCCUGGAGGAAACAUGGUUUGCAACUUAGGCUCCUGGAUAGACAGUGCAAAUAUAUUCAAAGACCAAUACCUAACGCCUAAAAAAGUGUAUCUCUUAAGUUACUAUUGGUCAGCGGCGAGUUUCACCGGCGCCGGCUUCGGUGACAUCACGGCCCAAGACACCGCCCACAUGCUCCUUUCAAUUUGCAUCAACAUACAUGGCGUUUUGUUUUUCGGAUACGUGUAUGCGCGGAUUGCAUCCCUCAAAGCGAUGGCCGAUCAGGUCAUAACGAAAUUCCAAGAGAAUUUGAAGCACAUAGACCUAUUUUUGACUAGAGAGAAGGUCCCGUUCGUGUUGAAGAAGUCAAUCAUCGAUUACUGGAAAUACCAGUGGAAAAGAACCGGCGGCUGGUCGCACCAGAAAAUAUUGGGUAAACUACAUGCCAACUUAAAUGAAGACGCCGUUUUGUACAUGUACGAAAAGACGCUGCGCGAGAUACCGUUAUUCGAAGACGUCGAGUAUUCGUUCUUCAGAGCUUUCGCUAAGAAGUUGCGCGAACGGUAUUUUCAAAAAGGCUGCAUGAUAAUGAGAUCUAAUGAGGUCAUCAAGAAUAUGUACAUCAUAUAUCGCGGGAAGGUCGACAUCAUCACCGAAGAUAACGAAGUAGAGGCGUGCAUGGGUCCUGGUGGAAUAUUUGGAAAUAUUAAGGGAGCAUCGAAGUAUCUAACAAUGUCAAACGUAUAUGCCUCAAGAAAUUUAGAUCUACUAUACAUUGAAGGACAUGAAUUCUUUACACUAUUAAAGAGCUAUCCAACAGUCUUAAGAAAGGUGAAAUACUCAGUAGACUCAGCGCCCAAGGAUUACGUUCUACCAACAAUAUUAUCAGCCAGAACGAGUCGAGAGCUUGAAACAUUUCCGCUGACAUACGAAGUGGACGAGGAGGACGAGAAUGAUGAAAUUGAACCAAAUAUAUUCUUAGAAAGCCCGGACAAAAGUAUCGCAGAAUCACACGGAUCACGGUCCAUUGCGUCAGGGUACAGCGGGGAUUAUAUUUCGGCUAUCACUUUGAUAUGUAUGCCGCACAGGUACUUCUCGAAAGUUUAUCUUCGUAGACGAGACUUCUUAGCCAACCUUCCAAUAUCAUACUUAGCCUUCGCAGUGAAUCUUAAUCCGGGGGUACAAAAUGCCCUCUUCUGCUACCUCAGAACACCGCAGCUGUUCCGAAUAACAUAUUUGUUCACCUACCGCCAGCAUAGAAAAAUCAGUAUCGGCUCCGCCAAUUUACUACUGAAGUUAACGACAAUCGCCAUAUGGGCAUCGAUCCUAUCUCAUGUAAACGCGUGCUUGUUUUUCAAAUUGUCUUGCCUAACACCUGUUCACUGCACGUCCUCAAACUGGAUGUCGAAGCCGGAACUAAAUCUACGGGCUAAAUAUGCAGAGGUUCUGCACCCCUGCAGACUUGUCAUUUUAGGUCUUCUAAUAUCAGAAAUGUCAGCAUUAAUAACAGCUCAUUCUUCGUCACGCAUCGCGUAUGACGAAGGAAUUAACGAGUUGAGAGAUGGCUUGCGAGAUACCGACUUGAGUGACCAUCAGAUGAAUAAAAUGUGGGAUUAUGUUCGUGAACUCUGGAGUAGACAACAAGGGAGACAGAUGCCAAAACUGGUCACAAAACUGCCGUUUCGCCUACGCUGUCAAGUGAUGCAGGCAGUGUAUGGGAGUCACAUUCGGGAAUCGGUGAUAUUCAGUAAAACGGAUGACGAUUUUAAAAGGAUGCUAUGUAUGUGGUUACGGCACUGUGUAUUUUUCCCUGGAAAUUAUAUUGUGCAAUGUGGAGACGCAGAUCAAUGCAUUUAUUUCAUACAUAGAGGAGAGGUCGAAGUGCUCACCGUCCAUCCAAAUUUGACAGAAUCUAUUUAUGAUAUUCUGGGCCCCGAAGAUUGCUUUGGUGUUGCACAGGGUCUAUUUGUCGGAGUGGCACACCACUUCUCAUUCAGGGCCCGUACUGUAGUCGACAUCGUCUACUUAAAAUUAGACGAAUGGAAAUAUCUGCUCGACUUUUACCCCAAGUCAGCGAAGCUAGUGCGCCGAAAAGUGGAAAAUGUUUAUUUAGCUAUUUAG